AUGGCCGAUUCCAAUGUUGUCUGCAGACAGCUGGCUUGUGGCUCCGCUCUGUUGGCCAAAGGAGGGGCCGCUUUUUCCCCGGGUAACGGUGCUAUCUGGCUGGGUGAGGUGAAGUGCACCGGUAGUGAAUCCUUUCUGUCUGACUGUCCUUCCUCAUUGCCAGCUCAAUCUGACUGUGAUCACAAGGAAGAUGUCAGUGUGAUUUGUUCCGGGCUCGAUUUGUCACUGAAUUCUUCUUCAUCCACACCUUCAGGAGAAAAAGUUCAAACCACUUCCAUACCUGUUGCCGUGUGCAUAGCUCUCGGAGUCUUGUUAAUCUGUGAGUUGAUCACACUUAUGGUGGUAAGACAGAGAAAGUUAAAAAGGAAAGGCACCGUCACUCGCAACUGGGGUUCACCUGCUGGUUUGUACCAAGGAAUUUAUGAAGAAAUUGACCAUAUUACAUCUGGCAAGAAUUUAACUCUUGCAGCUGGCUCAGUUUAUGCUUCCAUUGACUCCCUCAAUCAGAUGGAUUAUUUCACCAGUCGCAGUUUGGGAGACACGGAUCCUGGAUCAGAAAAUCCUGAAGAAAACUACUCCAAAGUUCAGGGUCCUGUUCCGGGUAAUGAUGAUGAUGUUGAGACUGAAUCCAUUCACACUCUAGGCGGUCCUGUGCUGCUAGGCAGCUGUCCUGAUGAUCUCUUCACACUGAGGGGUUCCGGCGGCGGUCUCUCCUCUCUUGAAUACAGCUCUCAGACCCGCACUGAUCCUGGUUUCCCAUUCUCCUCCAUGCUUGGAAACAAUAAGCACGUUCAUCCUGACACCUCCACAGCCUCUGAGGGUCAGAUGCCGAUGAGCAAAGACCGUGUGUCUCAGAGUGUUGCAUCAGUAACAUCCAGGGAGUAACAACAAUGUUUAAUUAGCUGUUACAAUGUUUGUG